UUUCUUCAAGGAAAGGCGGCUCUGGAUUAGCCGAGGGCCCAGAGAAAGGGAGCAAGCCCCCCGCCCCAGCCCCAGGCGGCUCCCGAGCCGCGGUGGGGGGGCGGGGGGUCCCACAGGCCUCAGCUUCCAGGUCUGUAGGUGGGCUGCCCACCGUGGGUGCAGGGCUGUCUGGCAGAAGUGUGCUGCGCUCUGCCGGGGGCCGGGCCGGGUGGGGAGUGAGUAUGGGCGCCCCUGCCGUCCCCAGAGCCUCGUGCGCUGGUGCGACUCCUCGCCCUGCAAGAACGGCGGCAGGUGCUGGCAGACCAACACGCGGUACCGCUGCGAGUGCCACAGCGGCUGGACUGGCCUCUACUGCGACGUGCCCAACGUGUCCUGUGAGGUGGCCGCCCAGCGCCAAGACAUCAACGUCACCCACCUGUGCCGGAACGGGGGGCUCUGCAUGGACGCGGGCAACACCCAUCAUUGCCGUUGCCAGGCGGGCUACACGGGCAGCUACUGCGAGGACCAGGUGGACGAGUGCUCACCCGGCCCCUGCCAGAAUGGGGCCACCUGCACCGACUACCCGGGUGGCUACUCCUGUGAGUGCUUGGCUGGGUACCACGGGGUGAACUGCUCUGAGGAGAUCAACGAGUGUGUGUCGCAGCCAUGCCAGAACGGGGGCACCUGCAUCGACCUCACCAACACCUACAAGUGCUCCUGUCCCCGGGGCACACAGGGCGUGCACUGUGAGGUCAACGUGGACGACUGCAGCCCCCCCAUCGACCCCGUCUCCCGGGGCCCCAAGUGCUUUAACAACGGCACUUGCGUGGACCAGGUGGGCGGCUACAGCUGCACCUGCCCACCCGGCUUCGUGGGCGAGCGCUGUGAGGGCGACGUGAACGAGUGCCUGUCCAACCCCUGUGACGCCCGUGGCACCCAGAACUGCGUGCAGCGUGUCAAUGACUUCUACUGCGAGUGCCGCGCGGGCCACACUGGCCGCCGCUGUGAGUCGGUCAUCAACGGCUGCAAAGGCAGGCCCUGCCAGAACGGGGGCACCUGCGCCGUGGCCUCCAACACCGCCCGCGGGUUCAUCUGCAAGUGCCCCGCGGGCUUCGAGGGCGCCACGUGUGAGAACGAUGCACGCGCCUGCGGGAGCCGGCGCUGCCUGAACGGAGGCACGUGCAUCUCGGGCCCGCGCAGCCCCACCUGCCUGUGCCUGGGCGCCUUCACCGGCCCCGAGUGCCAGUUCCCGGCCGGCAGCCCCUGCGUGGGCGGGAACCCCUGCUACAACCAGGGCAGCUGCGAGCCCACAGCCGAGAGCCCUUUCUACCGCUGCCUGUGCCCCGCCAAGUUCAACGGGCUCCUGUGCCACAUCCUGGACUACAGCUUCGGGGGCGGCCUGGGCCUCGACAUCCCGCCGCCGCAGAUCGAGGAGGCGUGCGAGCUGCCCGAGUGCCGCGAGGAGGCGGGCAACAAGGUGUGCAGCCUGGCCUGCAACAACCAUGCGUGCGGCUGGGACGGCGGCGACUGCUCGCUCAACUUCAACGACCCCUGGCAGAACUGCUCGCAGUCGCUGCAGUGCUGGAAAUACUUCAGCAACGGCCGCUGCGACAGCCAGUGCAACUCUGUGGGCUGCCUGUUCGAUGGCUUCGACUGCCAGCGCGCGGAGGGCCAGUGCAAGUGA